UACUUAAGUGUUAAAAUUUAAUUAUAAUUAAGUGACCGUGAUUCAAUAUGGGUGCGGACAGCUCAAAGGAAGAAAACAAAUCCAGGUUACAAGACGAAAGACAAAGUCGGAACCAGUAUGUCACGCAACAGAGACGACAGGAAUCACUACAGACUGCUAGUGUGACGUAUCAGUCGCCUGUACAAACCCCUACAGAGAGAUCCCGAACGCCUUACAGUUACACAACGGAGAACUUACAAAGUGUAAUAAAACAAACUAGCCAACCAAAUGUUCUGGAAAGAUCCCGCAACCCAUACAACUUUAACUCUGAAAACUUGCAUGGAAACAAGCAAUCUCCCAAUUUGUACCCAAACCUUAACGUGAGCCAAGGCGAGGACAGCUUUGUUUACGUGAAUAACUAUGGACAACCAAGACCCCCACCGCAGCCAUCGGCUCCUCCAGCCUCUCAGUUCAACGAAAUAUUAAAUAAACCGACAACUCUUCUCAACGCGCCAAAGAGCCCCUCGACGCCUCCGCAAUUGCCUACUCGGAGACAUCCAUUCUCCCAAGCCAACGUGGUACAAAAGGUUGCUGUGUCCAACGUGAACGCUCCGCCAAAGGUUCCUCCUAGGCCGCCGACACCGUCUAAUCAUAAUUAUAAUGCUCCCGGGACCUCGCAGUCGGUAAAUGCUUCUACCAAUAAAAAUGAAGCACUGUCAGAUGCGAAACCCAAUACAGCAGGACCUUCGAAGUCGAAGCCUUCUGCCAAUAAGAAUGGACCGAAACCAGGUGGCAGGGGCCGAGACAACGACAUUAGUUGCCCGACUUGUGACCAGCGCUAUGGACUCAGCAUCUACCAGUGCAGCAUGGGCCACGGCUCCUGCCAGGACUGCCGCCUGGCUCAGAGGUUGUGUGGCAAAUGUCUAUCGCCCAUCACUGCCAUGAGGAACAUUGCGAUGGAAGCUGUUAUAGCUGACUUGAACAGUAGUUGUCCGAAUGAGGGCUGCACACUGCGCUUUAAGUUCGAUGGCAUGCAGCGUCACCUCAAGGAGUGCCCGUUUGGGGAGAUGGACUGUCCAAUGGGCUCAGUCUUCGGACAAUGCUCAACUCGAUGCAAAGUUUCUGACAUGGCUGCACAUUUUGACGAGUGUCACAAGGAGCAACGCACCGCAGAAAUAGACAAGGAGCUGUAUGUGUUCAACAUAUGCAUGGACACCCAAAAAUUGUUUCUUAUAAAGAAUGGUCCCUACAACUUCUUAGUUCACGUCAAAGUAGACGAGAAAGAACGUAAAAUUUCAAUGACUGUCCAGUUGCUAGGCACGAAAAUGAGUGCCGACAAAUGGACAUACGAGUUCCAUGUCUACAACAAAAGACAGCCGUUAAGGAAGUAUCUUUACGUUGACAAUUGUCAGUCAAUCGGUACUCCUGUUGCGGAUAUUUUCAAGGAGAGCCAGUGUGCUACCCUGCCACUUAGUUACGCCAUGACUUUCGUCAACGAAAGCGCUUUGACGUACAAGUUUUAUAUAAAGAAGGAAAUGAACCAGCGUGGCCGCAGGAGAGGUCCCAGGAAUAACGAUGCCAAUGAAACAACUGGUUAA